CCUCACGUCGCUUCCGCCUAUGGGAGGGAGGAGGUAUGGCGGAAGCGGAGGAGCGAGCGCUGGCCUCGCCGCAGAGCGAGGGGCGAAGCGGGGCCGGGGAAGAGGCCCCGGAAAGAACCUCGGAGAGCGGAGCGGCUUUGGGCGUCGGAGAGCCGGCCGCCUCCCCUGCCGGUUCGCCGAGCAACGAGGAGCCCGCCAGUGACUCCAAGAAGAAAAUUGACGUCCUGCUGAAGGCUGUGGGUGACACCCCCAUUAUGAAGACCAAGAAGUGGGCUGUGGAGCGCACCCGGACCAUCCAGGGCCUGUGUGACUUCAUCAAGAAAUUCCUGAAGCUGAUGGCAUCUGAGCAGCUGUUUAUAUAUGUAAACCAAUCCUUUGCUCCAUCUCCAGACCAGGAAGUUGGGACCCUCUAUGAGUGUUUUGGAAGUGAUGGCAAGCUUGUACUACAUUAUUGCAAAACCCAGGCAUGGGGAUGAAUCACAAGAAUAGAGUUGCUUAGGUGUGAUCUUCAAAAUGGAUGGACUGACUUUCUGGAACCCAACAUACAGAAGAAAGAAUUUGGGGAUUUCUGCUUGACUUUACACUUAGAAAAAGUGAUGCAGUUGAAUAGGGUGAAGGAAGAGCUACUGAGGCUGUCCAAUUGCAUAGCUUUUCACUAAUGUUCAUUUUGGGUCCAGGGGAAAAACAAAACAAAAAAAAAAAACACCGCAUGUGCUAUCUGUAGAAUAGAGCCAGCUCUUCUGCUGCUAAGCUCCCAGUUACUGCAAAUGAAGGGAAGCUUCUUCAUGAUUGUCUUGAGGACUGGGCAGUACUGUCUCUGUAUAUGCUGUAUGGAACAAAAGAGUUCCUUUUUAUUAAAAGCAAUGUGAGUUGCACACCUCCUGGGAUUCAGCUUGCUCUGGACGUGUACAUCUGUUAUAUGUAUUCUCUACUUCUUGAAGUCUUCAUCUCAAGCAUGUGUUAUCACAAAUUUAAUUUCAAGAAGUUUUUUUUUUCUGAAAAUUGAUACGCAGAUAUUCAACCUGUGCUGUCUUCACAUUGGCAGUAUAUGUAUCUUAUUUAAACAACACUGCAUAUUGAAAUGGCACAGAAAUACUUCCUCCUGUGAAGCUGUGUAUUACUACGUAGGAGGCUGAACAGUUGAGUGAUUGCUGGUCUCUUACUUUUGCCACUAUUUAACUGCUAGCAAAAGCAGUUUGCAUGAUAUGAGGUGCUUAGUCUACCCAGUCUGUGCCCCUUAUGGCAUCCUUGUUUUUCUGCUUCACUGGUAGCAUGUUCAGGCAGCAAAACAUAAUUUGGUUUAUAUCCUAGUACUAUGUAUUGCAAUGAGGAUUUUUUUUUAUCCUUGUGUGGACUUGGUACUUUGACUAAAGUGCUAAGCUUUUAUUUAUUGGAGGGUUAGGGGUGGUGUGGUAGUUUGUGUGGGCUUUACUAUUUUCGUUGUUUGUUUUUUGACAGUGGAGAUGAGAGGAUAAUUUUGUUUCUGCUUGUUCAUUUUAGAUUUGUCUGUAGUACCAUCACUUAUGCUUGUUUAAGCUGUAUUAAAGUAAGUGUUAGUUGA